AUGGAGGAUACGGAACAUGGCGAGGAGCAUAUGGAGGAUACGGAACACGCGGAGGAGCAUAUGGAGGAUAUGGAACACGUCGAGGAGCAUAUGGAGGAUACGGAACAUGGCGAGGAGCAUAUGAAGGAUACGGAACAUGGCGAGGAGCAUAUGGAGGAUACGGAACACGCGGAGGAGCAUAUGGAGGAUAUGGAACACGGCGAGGAGCAUAUGGAGGAUACGGAACAUGGCGAGGAGCAUAUGAAGGAUACGGAACAUGGCGAGGAGCAUAUGGAGGAUACGGAACACGCGGAGGAGCAUAUGGAGGAUAUGGAACACGGCGAGGAGCAUAUGGAGGAUACGGUACAUGGCGAGGAGCAUAUGGAGGAUACGGAACAUGGCGAGGAGCAUAUGGAGGAUACGGAACAUGGCGAGGAGCAUAUGGAGGAUACGGAACAUGGCGAGGAGCAUAUGGAGGAUACGGAAGAUGGCGAGGAGCAUAUGGAGGACACGGAACACGAAGAGCACUUGCAGAAGACGGAACACUAA